UUCACACGUGCUGCUCUGUGAGAUGACCAACAUGGCGGCGUGCAGUGUGGAGGAGCUGUUGGCCAAAGCUGAGGAAGAAGAGGCCGAAAAACUAAAGAGCGUCUCCGUCCAGAAGGAGCUGGAUCUGGAGUUUGACGUCGGAAACCUCCUGGCUUGUGACAAAAACCGCAUCGAGUCCCGGGACUUCAGGGUGCAGAGAAAGGAGGACUUCCUCCGAGCCUUAGCCCGGGACAACACGCAGCUUCUCAUCAAUGAAAUAUGGAAACUACCCACGGAGAGGAUCGCGGAGGUUAUCGUAGCCAAACUACCGGAGCAGACCACCCGACUGCCCAGAGAGAAGCCCCCACCGAAGCCCAGACCCCCGACCAGGUGGGAGCAGUUCGCCAAGCUGAAAGGCAUCCAGAAGAAGAAGAAGACUAAUCUGGUUUGGGAUGAAACUGCCAAGGAGUGGAGGAGGCGCUGGGGCUACAAGCGAGCCAACGAUAGCACCAAAGACUGGCUGGUCGAGGUCCCGGAGACCGCAGACCCGAACGAGGACCAGUUCGCUAAACGGACCAAGGCCAAGAAGGAGCGAGUGGCCAAAAACGAGCUGAACCGGCUGAAAAACAUCGCUAGAGCGCAGAAAAUCAAAACCCCCGGAGUGGGGCUGCUCCCCAAAGCCCAGCAGUCCAAAGACGAGCUGGCCAAAGCCGUGAAUGUGGCCAAGACCUCCACAGCUUCCGUGGGGAGGUUCCAGGACCGCCUGCCCAAAGAGAAACCCCCGAAGAACUCCGGUAAGAAGAGGAAGUUUGAGCCCCUGAUCGGGGACUUCUCCACCGAGAAGCAGAAACAGCUGGAGCUGCUGAAGCUCAUGGGCAGCAAGAUGCCCAAGCUGGACAUCACCAGAGCUGUGAACACACAGAUGAGACAAGAGGACAGAGAGGAGGCUGCGGCCAGACGGAGGAAGGGUGCUGGGGGCAAGGGGCGCAAAGGCAGCAUGGCAGGGAGAGGGAAGGGCAAGGGGGGCAAAGGAAAAGGAGGAAAAGCUGGAGGAGGAGGGAAGAGAAGAGGAAAACCAGGGAAGCACUGAGGACAUCUGGAGUUAGACUGGACAUUUACUAAUGUACCCUGUGUAUGAAUAAAUCUGUAAACUGAUCCAAGCAUUCAUGGAUGAUUGAUGAAAAUACUUAUGUAAUCUGAAUGUGAGUCACGUAAAAAUAUACUUCAAUAUUGCUGCAUAACAAUUGAAUUAAAUUCACCUGGAGUAUUCUGUUUCUUCAGAAUAUGGUCAAACCACCACUGAGGCUUGAUGAAAUAUGUUUUGUAAUAAAUGUAAGUAUUUUAAUAUUGCAGUGAAAUAACUGGGUUCAUUUCGAGUAUUUGGUCUCUUUAGAACAAACAUAUAUGAUGUACUGACCGAUAUGUUGUGAAAUGAGCUCAAACCAUGAUACUACCACCACUGAGGUUGGAUGAACUAACAUUUAGAAUAGUAAUGUAAACAGUGCUAUAAAAACGGAUCUGAUUUGGGAUGUCGGUGGAUUUUGUAACAACGUGUCAACUUUAACAACAUAUUUCAUUUCAUAUCAAAAGUUGAACAGUUAAAAAGCAAAGAUUGUAUAACGUUUCAUUAAAUCACUUGUUUGAUGCAG